AUGUCUGCUGGCUCGUUAGCAGCGAUGGACGCCUCUUUAUACCAGACGAGCCUCCAGCAUGUCAUGUCUGCUUAUACCUUCGACCAUCCAAAAGACUUGUUCAACGACACACUAUUCAUCCCUGUCACUGCGGCUUUAGUAUCGGCUAGUGCAUUAUUCGUUCAUGCCAUUAUACGGUUGCGCAAGCGAGAGGAACAACCGGAAUUUGGACUCAACGGAGAGGACGACGAGACGCGUCGACAGCCGUUUUCCACCAAGAUUAAGGAGCAUGCUUGUGCACAUGGAGGGGCUGUCAUCUACCUGUUCAAAUUCCUGCGGUUGUUUGGAUGCUUGGACUUAGUGGCGCUAUCAGUGGCAACCUUCGUUCUCCGUCAUAAGGGAAUACACCACAUACAAUGGCUAGAAGUCGCUCGGGAGGAAUGGCCGGACGUUGCAAUGAUCGCGACAUAUAUAUACACAUCUAUUCUCGCACUCGUUUCCUUGACAAGCAAAAAAUGGAACACACUCUUUACAAGACAUAACAUCGGCAUCUUGCUUAUGGCUCUCGCCGUUUACUUAUACAGAGACGUGUGGCCCCUGGCGACCUAUACCCUCACUCCAAUCGACGCGUCGGAAGGGUCACUACUCUGGGCCAAGCUCGGAGUUUUGAGCUUCACGGCUGCGUUCAUCCCGCUCUUUAUUCCUCGCGCGUACGAACCGGUGGAUCCCCGCGAUCCUAUGCAAGUCCCAAAUGUAGAGCAGACAGCGUGUCUAUUUUCAACCCUCGUGUAUACGUUCCUGGAUACUACUAUUUUCAAGGCGUAUAGCGUGGCUCAUCUGCCGUAUGAUGAACUCCCUCCGUUGUGUGAUUAUGACCGCUCCAAAGUCUUGACUGACAAGGCGUUCGUGCAUCUUGACACCUUCAAAGGUGCGAAGAAACAACAUCUCUUCUUCAAUCUUAUGCGUGUCUUUGGGAAGGAUUACUUCUUCGCAACAUGCGGUAUCACUGGCCAAGCUGUAUUCGGAUUCGCCUCUCCUCUCGCCAUUAACCGAAUCUUGAAUUAUCUAGAAACCCGUGGUGCGGACUCCUUCGUUCGCCCAUGGUUCUGGAUAAUGUGGCUCUUCCUCGGCCCUAUGCUGAUGUCGAUCAGCUUCCAAUCCUACAUCUUCACCAUGACUCGAACCCUCGUGCGCUGCGAAGCUCUGCUCGUCCAGCUUGUUUUCGACCACAGUCUCCGCAUUCGUUUCAAGGCAGAGGCAGAGGAGUCAGACGAAAAGGAGAAGAAGAAGCCGGCUGAACCUACCUCGUCUUCUACCAGCUCGGUCACGGAUGAUUCUACGGAGCGAGAAGGGUCUACUGAUUCUGCUACUGUGCUGGGCACGGAAGAAGCACCGUCUGUUACUAAAAAAGAUUCUCCAGCUGAGGCGACAGCGCCAAAGAAAGCAGAUAAUCUUGUCGGGAAGCUGAACAACCUCAUCACUAACGAUCUGAAUAAUAUCACUGGAGCUAGAGAUUUCUUAAUGAUUAUAUACCUGGUCCCACUCGAGGUUACCCUCGCGAUGGUGUUCCUGUACAAAGUACUUGGAUGGAGUGCCUUUGUUGGGUUUGGUAGCAUUAUCGCCCUCAUUCCUCUGCCUGGCUAUAUUGCAAGUCUUAUACAAAGUGUCCAGAAGAAGAAGAUGGCAAUGAUCGAUGCUAGAGUCCAGACAGUGACCGAGACGGUGGGCGUUCUCCGGAUGAUCAAGCUGUUUGGAUGGGAGGGCAAGAUGAACAAGAAGAUCCAAGAGCGCCGAGAAGAGGAGUUGAACUGGAUGUGGAAGGACAAGGUUUUGGAUUUGUGCAAUGAUAUGAUCAACUUCAUCAUUCCGACAAUCACCAUGCUUAUCACCUACGCGAUAUACACCCUCGUCAUGAAGGAACAGCUAACAGCCUCGAAAGUCUUCUCAAGCAUGUCCGUCUUCGACAUCCUGCGCAACCAGCUCCAUCGAGUUUCCUGGAUGGUCACCCAGUCCAUUCGUGGCAAAGUCUCAUUGGACCGAAUUGACAAGUUUUUGGGCGAGACCGAACUUUUGGACUCGUUCGCGAAGGAUGCAUCGAAGACUGUCAUCGACCUUUCCCAAGGUGACCACGAAGACGUUAUUGGAUUCAACAAUGCGGAAUUCACUUGGUCGGCAUCGAUGCCCGAUGAUGGUUCAUUGACACCUUCGUCUCGUGCUUACAAGCUCCGCAUUGAGGGUGAACUGUUCUUUGAACGUGGGUCUAUCAAUCUUAUCAUUGGACCUACGGGCUCCGGAAAGACGUCCAUACUCAUGGCAUUACUUGGUGAAAUGCACUUUACGCCACCAACUGGGGACUCUUGGUUCAACCUCCCUCGUGCUGGCGGGAUCGCCUACGCAGCGCAGGAGUCUUGGGUCCAGAAUGAGACUAUAAGGGAUAACAUUGUGUUCGGUGCUCCUUUCGACGAGAAGAGGUAUAAGAAAGUUCUUCAACAAUGUGCACUGGAGCGCGAUCUUGAACUCUUUGAGGCUGGAGAUCGUACAGAGGUUGGCGAAAAGGGUCUUACUCUCAGUGGUGGACAGAAGGCUCGAGUCACACUUGCCCGGGCUAUCUAUUCGAGCGCUGAGAUUAUCCUCCUGGAUGACAUCUUGGCUGCCCUUGACGUCCAUACAUCCAAACAUAUCAUCGACCAAUGCUUCAAAGGGGACCUUGUUCAAGACAGGACUAUCCUCCUCGUGACCCAUAAUGUCGCACUUGCUAGCCCUAUCGCAAACUUUGUCGUUUCGAUUGGCGCCGAUGGUAAAGUUCAGAGCUACGGUAACGAUAUCUCGGCUGCCCUGGCUGUUGAUCCCACCCUGGGUCGUGAACUGGAACGCGAAGAACAAGAGCUUGAGCUAGCCGCUACAAUUGAAGAACAAAAAGUAACCAAGUCGGACGGAAAGCUCGUGGUUGCGGAAGAAAUCCAGGAAGGACGUGUCAGCCGGAAAUCUAUGACGUUGUUCUUCAAUGCCCUUAGUGGAAACCAUAUUUUCUUCUUCUUCUUUGUUUGGAUGUCGGCAAAUGUCCUCAAGGAUAUCGCUCUGACCUUCUCGGUUUGGUUCCUUGGUCAUUGGGGCUCUCAGUAUGAAACUCAUCAUCCAAGCGAAGUUCCUGUCUUCCGAUACAUGUGGCAAUAUUCGUCCAUCCUUGUCGCAAACAUCAUGGUCUACAGCUUUGCCAAUAUUUACUACAUCAUCGCAACUUUGAGAGCAUCAAGAACCAUCAACAGGGUGCUGGUCACCUCCGUCCUUGGAAGCACACUUCGGUGGCUGGAUGAAACUCCGACCUCUCGUAUCAUUACUCGAUGCACACAGGAUAUCGGUGUUGUUGACAGCACAUUGUCUCAAUACUUCUCAUGGGUUAUGGAACUUGGCCUCUCCAUGAUUGCCAGGCUCAUCGCAUCUGUUUUGUUCACGCCUAUCUUCAUCUGGCCAGGGUUGUUCAUUGGAGUUGUCGGAGUUUACCUGGGCAACAUCUACAUUAAAGCACAGCUUUCUACGAAGCGAGAGAUGAGCAAUGCCAAGUCGCCUUUGUUAGGCCAUUUUGCGGCUGCCAUUGCGGGACUGACAUCUCUACGAGCUUAUGGCGUUGAAAAUACCUUCAGGAACGAGUCGCUCAAACGCAUUGAUUACUAUACCAGAGCUGCGAGGACGUCAUACAACCUGAACCGCUGGAUUUGUGUUCGCAUGGACUUGUUAGGUGCCAUGUUCACCACUGCCCUCGCCACGUACCUUGUCUACGGGAAAAGCAUUAACGCCGCUAACACUGGUUUCUCGUUGAACAUGGCCGUCGAGUUCACGACGAUGAUUCUAUACCUCGUGCGAAUUUUCAAUGAGUUCGAAGUACAGGCCAACAGUUUGGAGCGUAUUCAAGGCUACAUCGAUAUUGAACACGAACCGAAACCAACGGAAGCUGGAACCCCCCCUGCGUCGUGGCCAACGAGUGGUGAACUGCGUGUUGAGAAGUUGUCUGCUCGUUACUCUAAGACUGGACCAAAAGUACUCCAUGAUCUAUCAUUCAACAUCAGCUCUGGCGAAAGGAUUGGUGUAGUUGGCAGGACUGGCAGUGGAAAGAGCUCACUGACACUUUCUUUGCUGCGGUGUAUCUUGACGGAGGGCGAGGUGUACUACGACGGCCUCCUCACAAGCAAUGUGAACUUGGAUGCGCUUCGCUCAAAUAUCACGAUCAUCCCUCAAAUGCCUGAGCUUCUUAGUGGAAGUCUGAGACGCAAUUUGGAUCCCUUUGAGCAACAUGACGAUGCAACUCUAAACGCUGCUUUACAAGCUGCCGGCUUGUUCUCGCUUCAAGACCAAACGGAUGAGGCUCGAAUCACGCUUGAUAGCAGCAUUGCAAGUGGCGGAGGGAAUCUUUCUGUCGGACAAAGACAAAUCAUUGCUUUGGCUAGAGCUAUUGUGAGGGGAAGCAAACUUUUGAUCUUGGAUGAAGCCACUUCUGCUAUAGACCACAAAACUGAUUCUAUCAUUCAAACUACUCUACGACACGAAGUCGGUGCUGAUGUUACGGUCCUCACGAUUGCACAUCGUCUACAGACCAUCAUGGAUGCUGACAAAAUUCUUGUUCUUGAUAGUGGAAAAAUUGUUGAGUUUGAUACUCCUAGUGCACUCCUUAAACAGGAUGGUGGAAUGUUCAAAUCUAUGGUGGAUGGGAGUGGGGACAAGGCCGCCCUUUACGCGAUGGCUGAGGACAAGGCAUCCUCGAGUUGAUUUAUGCAUAAGAAAAGGACAACAAAGUAACUAGAAAGUUGCUAUGGAUCUAUUUUAUUCAUGGUUUAUUUUUGUAUAUGGAAUGAAUAUUGUUCUCACGGUUU